AAAGGAAACUUGAGUUGUAGCGUGUAUCCCAUUGCGAGCGCUUUUGUAGGUCGCUACUAAUAUCACCUGUUUUUCAAUAGUAAAUAAAUAAAAAAAAAAAAACAACCCCGGCAUCUCAGGGGGCAGCUCUUUCAAAGACGUCGAUAUCGACAAGAACGACAUUCAACCCUGUAUGUGCGGUGGAUUCAUCCUUAGUUCUAAAUUUAAACGCGCCACGAUAUCCCCUCGAGUGAUUGGCGCUAGGUUGGCUGCGCGACUCGUCGCGGCGCGGUGCCGACUACGCGAGUCAGUCGACGUUCCGCCGGCGAGCAGUGCGGACGCCAGUUCGAAAAAUUUCUUAUUUAAAUUGACACGAGUUAUAAUCAUCGCUGGCGCGUCCGUGAUCCGAGCCACCGGUGCGAGGGUAGCAAGGCCCCGCAGACAAGGCGUCACGUCCACUAGAAAACACACGCUCUCAUUCUCGCUCUGUCUUUAUUGAUCGGAUUUGACCUGCGAACUUUUUCCCUUCUAGCUUUUGUAGAACGUGUGCCGUAGUUAGUGGGCCUGGUUUAUUCGGUUAUAUAGUGGUUUAAAUAUCCACUGUGGUAGUUUCCGGAAUGGCUGCCCCAGCAGCUUGCACGCGGUUUAGUGACAACUACGAUCUUAAUGGGGAACUUGGCAAAGGCGCCUUCUCCGUUGUUCGACGAUGCGUCCAGAAAAGUUCAGGGCUCGAAUUUGCGGCGAAAAUUAUUAAUACAAAAAAGCUCUCGGCGAGAGAUUUUCAAAAACUCGAACGAGAGGCACGGAUAUGUAGGAAACUUCAACAUACAAAUAUUGUGAGAUUACACGAUAGUAUACAAGAAGAAAACUUCCACUACCUCGUCUUUGACUUAGUUACUGGCGGAGAACUCUUUGAGGACAUUGUUGCCCGAGAAUUUUACAGUGAAGCUGACGCUUCUCAUUGUAUUCAACAAAUUCUAGAAAGUGUUCACCACUGCCAUCACAACGGAGUCGUACACAGGGAUCUUAAGCCUGAAAAUUUGCUUCUCGCUAGUAAAGCAAAGGGGGCAGCUGUAAAAUUAGCAGAUUUUGGAUUAGCUAUAGAAGUUCAAGGUGACGUUCAAGCAUGGUAUGGUUUCGCAGGAACGCCCGGCUACCUCAGUCCAGAGGUUUUAAAAAAGGAACCUUAUGGAAAACCAGUAGAUAUUUGGGCAUGUGGGGUGAUCCUUUACAUUCUAUUGGUCGGUUAUCCUCCAUUUUGGGACGAGGAUCAACAUCGGUUGUAUCAACAGAUCAAACAAGGAUCGUACGACUAUCCAACGCCAGAAUGGGAUACUGUCACACCAGAGGCAAAGAAUCUCAUCAAUCAGAUGCUCACAGUGAACCCCAGCAAAAGGAUCACCGCCAGCGAGGCCCUCAAACACCCAUGGAUCUGCCAACGAGAACGUGUUGCAUCUGUUGUCCACAGACAAGAGACUGUAGACUGCUUGAAGAAAUUUAACGCUAGGCGUAAAUUAAAGGGCGCCAUUCUGACAACGAUGAUAGCAACGCGGAACUUUUCCACUCGAAGCAUCGUAACGAAGAAGGGUGAUGGAUCUCAAGUGAAGGAGUCCACCGAUAGCAGUACGACAAUAGAAGACGAUGACGUGAAAGAGGAUAAGAAGGGCGGCGUCGACCGGAGCAGCACGGUCAUUGCCAAAGAACCCGAAGGCUACGCCUCGCAGGGUACACCGCCGAACAGUCCUGCAGCCACAUCAGUAUUCUCCAGGGUAAUGGUACCAGCGACGGGCAAUAAGCAGGCCCCAGGUUCGGGAAAUCCCCUAGGAAUUGCCGCGGUUCUCCUACAGGGCGCGCAAGCUGGCAAUGGCAGUGGCAGUGGCUCCAGCCACAGCAGUAGCAGCAACAGCCAGAACAGUCAAACUGGUGUUUCACCUUCAUCAGCCUCUACGGUCUACCUCAACGCCAACAACAACAACUCAAGACGACAGAGCUCCUCUGGCACCGAACCUGAAGAACGACGUCCAGGUGCAGGAGUACAACUUGAAAAUGAUGUCUGCGAUGGAGAUGACGACUUAAGAGUCGUCUGUCCUAUCAAGACCUGCAGUCAGCUUUCAACGAAUUCGCAGAGCUCAGCUCGCCGUCAAGAAAUCAUCAAGAUGACUGAACAACUGAUUGAGAGCAUCAAUACUGGUGAUUACGAGGCGUACACAAAAAUCUGUGAUCCUCACCUGACGGCAUUCGAGCCAGAGGCUCUAGGUAAUUUAGUCGAGGGAAUGGAGUUUCACAAGUUUUACUUUGAUAAUGUUCUGGGGAAAAACUGCAAGGCCAUCAAUACGACGAUUCUCAAUCCCCAUGUGCACCUCCUUGGUGAAGAUGCAGCCUGCAUUGCUUACGUCAGACUUACCCAGUACAUGGAUAAACAAGGUGUGGCGCACACUCAACAGAGCGAAGAAAGCCGCGUAUGGCAUAAGAGGGACAAUAAAUGGCAAAACGUGCACUUCCAUCGGAGCGCAGUGACGGGUCCAUCUCCAUUUGCCUUCAAUCACAAAUAAAAUCCCUAUCACAAUGGAAUCAGGAGAGCAACAAAAGCAAUAAUUACCAAAUCACACUUUGUUGUCCCACUGGUGAUUUUCGUACUAAGCGCAAUUCAAAUGAAUUGCCCCGGUACUCUCGCUCCAGUACCUGCUUAGCGUACUUAUCUAAUUUGCGUACAUCAGAUACGCGCGACUAAAGGAAAAUAAAAAAAAACAAGUGAAGAAAACUAAAAACUGGAUUAGAAAAAAAACAUAAUGGUGAAGCACAAGGAGAGGGUGUGUAGGCAAAAAGCAAAACUAGAAUCGCGUUCUCCGUCGAUAAAUUCAGACUUUAAUCCCAGGGAUUCCCCAGGAGAUGGUCCAGGAUUUUUUUUCUCGAUGGACCAACCAAAAAAAGAAGCGUUAAGACUCCUAUAUGGAUCGGAUCGUUGACGAUCAAAAAACAACCUCUGCUUACAAUUUAUUAUUAGUUAGUAACAAAUUUGCGUAGAGAGUCGCUUAGUGAUCUUCGGUCCGUUCGAGCCUUACAAUCGACCAACGUGCCACCUAUUUGCGUUAUUAUGGGGUCUCUUAUUGCUCCGACUUCGAGAACCUCCGCCAAGACUGCUAAACAGUAAGGGCCAGCAUUUCAGUCUCUAUUUAAGCGUUAUUAAAUCUUAUAAUGUGCAGAAAAAAAAAUUUGAAAACCAACACCCGCUUCGUUGUUGAUCUCAAUUCACAAUUUAGAAAAAAGAGAGAGAGAUCACGUUGGAUUAAAUCUUCUUACCUUUCUCGCUUUUCGACCGACGUCUUUUUAACUUUAAAAAAAAAUACACCCAUUUGCACGAGGAAAAUCAAUAUUGACUCCAGGAAGAGAAUAAACUCUUUAUUUUAAUUUUUAAUCAAAUUUUCUAAUGUCUAGACGAAAAAGGUUUCUUUAUUCAAAACAACUUUUUACUAGAAAAAAAUUCUCUUCAUCUAUUUAUGGGGAAAAAAAAUCAUUUGGUGUCAGUUUAGAUUUUCCCAGAAACGAAAGCUCUUUGAUCUCAAAAUCAACAAAGACAGAAAAAGGGGACGAGAGUUAAAUCAUCAAAAUUCUGUAAUUUUUUCUAAUAUGUUUUUCUCAAAAUGAAUCCUAUUCUCUAUCUUUGAUGAAUUUCGAGUUCUCUUUAAAAAUUUUUUUUGUUUUUAAUUACUGAGUUGGGUGUGCGAUUUGUCAAAAAUUCAUAUCCAAAAUAAUAGUCGAAUCUCGAUGUAAUAGAUAUACGUUCGAUAAACGAUUGUCUUUGCUCGUAUUUUUCUUCUAAUUUUCCAUACGAGCCAAGUCGAGUCUCGUACAAAAUAUUAUAACGAUAGUUCCUUUAUACGAGGGAAUUUUUAUCCUGAGUCAUUUAAUUUUUAUUAAAAAGAAAAUGAAAAAAAAAUAACAAAUAUUUAUAUAUAUGCCUGUGCUCGUCAAUAUAAAAAGUGCUGCUGAUAUUCGAGAGGAAUUGUAACUUUUUUCUAGUGUAACAAAAAAAAAAAAAAAAAAAAAAAAAAAAAAAAAAAUAGAA